UCUUUCUUCCUUUUCCACACCAAAACCACACCCUCUGCACCCUCUCAAUCAAUCAUCUCCGCCAUCGCGCGCCUUUUUCCACAUCUCCCACCCUCUCUCGAGCGCCUUUCCUCUCGCGCGCGUUCAAUCCUCCUCACGCAACCACCCCGCACCUCCUCCGUCAAUCGACACGGCAGCAUCAAUGAACGCCGGCGCGGAGGCCAGCGCGACUCCCUCGGCCCCCGGCGGCGGCGACAUCUCCCAGCUCACGUCGACCGAGAAGCGCAUCCUAGUCUACAAGGAACAAACCCUCAAAGCCUGGCCCGACAGCGCCGCCGAGUUCGAAUCCUUCUUCGAAGGCGCCACUGCGCGCGACUUCUUCCGCGAGCUCAGCCAUCUGAGCAAGAUUUGCCCUUCAUGGCAACGGGCCAAGGGUCUCCUGCUCCAGGCCCGUGACGAGCGACGAGGCGGCCGCCUGCCCUCCCUUGGCCCCGGCGGUAAGGACAAGCCGUGGGUCCAGAGCGAUACGAGGCGCGCGAUUGAGAAGGUUGCUGCGGAGGAUCUCGAGGGCACGAUGCCGCCGCCGCCACACACACCCGCCCAAGGCGCUCCAAGAGCAGCCUCCUCGGCCCAGCUCUCACCGCGCACGCGAGUCAUUGCCCGUGUGCAGCGAGAGGGGAGAGGCACCGCAGCUACAGUCGCCAAUCCAGGCACCCCGGAAGCUGCCGCCACGCCUGCCACUACAACUACGCCCGCUGCCACCUCCGCCUCUAUCCAGACCACUCCAGCCAUGUCGCCUGGCAAACUGCAAUCUUCGACGCCGGCCCCCGCGCCGCCCAAACCUCCAGUGCCCUCCACGAAGCCCCACGCUCCCCAGACCAGCGACAAUACGAACGGCGUGGCAGGGCCAUCGAACUCCCAGGGCCAGGCCCGGAACGCGACCACAACACCCAGCAGGAAAGGGAAGAUAGCCGUGGUUAUUCCGCAGAAGCGGCGUCACGAGGCCACCGGCGAGACCCGCGAGCAUGAGCACGAGGACACAGCCGACGGCGAUCAGGAUCCGCCUGCCAAGAAACAUCGUGCCACCGAGAAUCCGGAGAAUGGCCUCGUGGAGGAUCAAGAUGAACACAUGGAGGAUGUGGUCGAGGUGGUCGAGUUGGACAAGGGUCCUGAGAUUGAGGAGAUGGACGAGGACCACGAGUCCGAGGCGGAGGAGGGACACAAGCCUCACGAGGACAAGAGCGCGUCGGUCAAUACACACAAUACCGGCGAGCAAGGCUUUUCCGCCCACGGCAACUCCGCCGCUAGUGAUGCGAGCAAGAAUGACGCCGGCGAGGAAACUGCUUCCUCUACCGAUGGCUCUGCACCCAAUACUCCCUCGCCAGCCCCGCGGAAUCCCGCCCCUGUCGCCGGCAACGAGAAGAAGAAGGAUGCCGAGGGCGCGACAACUGCUUCCCACGGGGCCAAGCCCAAGCCGGCCGAGACCGACUCCGAGACUGCUGGUGACCGCCUCGAGCCCGGCGGGUGGCUCGACGACAACAUCAUCCACAAGUGCCUCCAGACUGUGGCGGCGUCUCAGCCUCUCUUCUACAACGCCGUCGACCCGCUGCUGGUGCGGAAUGGGCGGGCCCCGGACUGGCAUCGGCUGCACCAGCUUGCAGACCCAAGCAUCACCCUGCUGGUCCCCCUCCACAUCAACAAGUCGCACUGGUCCCUCGCGACCGUCGCAGUCAAGGCCGAAACGCCGGGCAUAGCCGUCGACCUGUACGAGCCGCUCGCCUCCGCCGCGUCCAACAAGGACGCCGAGCAGGCCGCGCGCAAGUUCGUCGACGACCUGGUCGGGUCCGCGCCCUACAACACCAUGUGGGCCAAAGCCAGACGCGGCACCUACGGUCUUCGCUCGACGUUUGGCGACGGCACCGGCGAGGACGACGACGACGGCGCCCCGAUCCUCGCCUACGACCAGGACGACAACCAGGUCUGCAGCUUCACCUUCCAGCGCUGCCCCAAGCAGACCAACGCCUCUGACUGCGGCGUCGCCAUCCUCGCAUACGCCUUCUACAUCGCCGCCGCCAUCCCCAUGCCAGCCACGCUAGACUUCGACCUCUGGCGCGACCUCGUCGGGCUACUCUACCACCUCCGCCGCCCCUCCCCCACCAGCAACCACCCCGCCGUCCCCAGCCCCAUGCGCGAGCUCCGCUUCGUCCGAGCUCUAACCACCAACUCCUCCCCCCGGACCAGCCAGACCCUCCUCCCCACCCCCGGCACCGCCUCCGACGAAACCUGGCUCCACACCCUAGGCUCCCUGCUCCGCCACCACGCCCACACGCGCGCCCACCUCGCCGCGCAAGCCGCGCCGCUGACGCGCGCCGCCGCGUCGCUGGCGCAGGCGGCGACGGUCUUCGCGGCCGUGGACGAGGCGCGGCGGCGGACCUACGCGGUCCCUGCCACGCCCGGCGGAGAAGAGGUGUUUCGCGAGACGCAGGCCGAGCAGCUCGAGGGGAAGUUGCGGGCCAUACAGGACCUGGCGCAGUCGGCUAGGGAGCAGGGGGCGUAUGGGAAUGUCACGGCUGGGCUGGCGCAGGGGAGCAGGGAUCUGGCUGCGCGGGUUGGGGCUGCUAAGCAGGCGAGGGUGGAUGUUAGGGCGGUGCUUGAUGUGCUGGAUGUGAAUAUUGCUGUGGUGGAGGAUUUGAAGGUUAGGAUUAGGGCGAGGAUUGAGGCUUUGGACAAGCCUGUUGUUGAGGCCGGGUAUGCGCCUCGGCAUAUUGUGUUGUGAUCUGCCUUGUCUUUUUUUUUUGUACUCUUCCCCUUCUUCUUUCGCCGUUGUUGUUUUCCCCCUGGUUUUUGUUGUGGUCCUGGAGCUGGUGUUGUUUGCUUCCGGCACUUUAAAGCCCAGGGCUCGACAUGUGUUUCCCUCGCUUCCCCUUGUGCUACUUUCCCAUUCAUCCUCCGGGACGAUCCCUUGUCGGUCUCCUACAUUUGUAGAUGCAUUAAUCUUGCCCUUCGCGGGGCGCUGAGCUCGAUACCCUCGAUACCCCCAAUGUACUGUACCAUCAUGUAACAACUAAAGGAAAAUAAAAGAG